AAAACGUCAAACAUAUUCGUCUAAUAAAAGUUAUCUGGCGAUUGAAAAAUCUUCCCUAAGUCACGUAAAAUCGUUGCAAAACAUAUUACGCCGCAUUUACCCAGCAAUAUGGAAAUUCAUUUGAGCUAGAAUUUUUAUUGAUAAGAAUGUUGUUACCCGGUCAGUGUUAACCCAAUGCCUGUUUAUCUUUAAAAUAAGUAAUUAGUAUCACAGAAGUUGUAAAGGUUAAAUCGAUGAAGUUAAAUGAACAACAAGGGAGCACGGCAGCGUGUAUCGCCAAGUUCAAAUGAUUCCAGCAAUAUUAAAUGUAUAAACGUGGUAAAAUUGAACGUCAAAUAUAACAUCUAAAUGAAAGAAAAUUCUGAACUGGACAUAAAGUUUUGGGAGAUCCACUAAUACAAUAAAGAACCAAUUAAAUAACACAAGACCUCGUGAAAUUUGGUAAUUACGUGAUUUCUUUAAAGUCCUUAGACGGAGGCGAAUAAUCUCUGACGGACUGAGAAAUCACUAUAAUUUUAGUUGUGCAAGGCCUCUUCCAGAACUGUAAGUAAUAAUGUUGCUCGGAGAAGAAGCGACCGGUCACAAUUAAUCGCAGUUUACAAUGUGAGUCCCAAGUUACAGAAUAUACUUGCAAACUCAACUUUACCAGAUACCCUGUACAAUACAUUGACAGGAUAGAAAGCAACCGUUUGUAGUGGAUGUCCAGGAGAUGGAAUAAUUACCACAUUUAAAGCGACUGACAGAAGUCAAAAUGCGUGCUGAACUGCCCGAAUUCAAAAGAUGCUGUUGCUGUUUCCCACUUCGAUAUGGUCUUAUGACAUGGGGAUAUUUGAAACUGAUUUCAUCCUGCUUAUUAUUGAUAACGUUUACAUACGCUCUGUAUUUCACAAUAUGUCGUGUGUUAACUGUCCCUGGCGCUAUCUAUUACUAUGAAGAGAUUACAAUAUAUUGCAUAUUCAUCGCGAUAUUGACGCUAGACGCAACUUUUACUACAGUCUUCGUAGUUGGCGGUCACCAGAAAAGCCCCAAGCUACUGCGUGUGUACUACAUCUACGGGAUGGUAGUCUUGGUGCUGUUACUCAUCAUGUUAUCAAUCAUGACGCUACCGUUCUUCUUCUUCGAAGACAGUUACACCUCGUUUCGUAUAAGGGUGCAUAUGAUUGACGUCUGUAGUAUAUUCCUUGAAAUAAUGCUUCAAACAUAUUUCUUACUGCUUGUACGAAGUGAGAUGGUGAAGCUUAACAGCAAUUGCGAAUUCAGAUUCGUGAAUAAUGCCGCCCAAGCCGAAUGUGUCAUGACGUAUCAAGAAAAUAGAAACGGAAAAGUUACGGCAGAAUUGAAGAAAGAGAACUAUGUUUGACUGAUAAGUGCUGGAGGUGACGGGGGGAGGAAGCGUGACAGCGCAUUAUUGUAGAGCGACGUCUCUUUUCCACAACUGCAAUAAUAUUAUUAGCUUUUGAAUAUGAGCUCUUUAAACAGGACUGUUACUUUUGUGGGAGGAAGAUGCUACGCACAAAAUGUAGAGUGCUAUCUCGCCUCCGCAUUAUCAAUAAUCCUGCUUUAGAAGUUCAUAGUAAAGGCAAGGAAUACUUUGUUAACGUGCCUUCAUGGAAUCUAGAUUGGUUUCAGUGAAUAAUCUAGAUUUUUCUAAAAUAAACUUUUGACUUCCAUGUAUGUUAUGUGUUUCAAGAACUUAGUUAAAUAAAUUUUCUAUAUCCUUAUUGAAA